AUGGCAAGGAAGGGUCGAAUGCUCUACUUUUUGAUGAAGUUAGAAAAACAAAUUCCUGCGGAAGUGACAGAUAGUGGCUUACAGAAAAGAAUGGAAAGGACCCGAAAAAUCCAUAGACUUUUUACUGCUAUUGUUAAAGGGAAUAAGAAUCGAGAUGAUAUCGAAGACGACGAAGUAAAUUACUGCGCCCUUACGACACGCGUGUCGUGGAAAACCAGAUAUUGA